CGGGGGUUUCAUCAGGGUACUCCGGUUUCCUCCCCCAGUCCAAAGACAUGCGUUGUAGGGUGAUUGGCAGUUCCAAAUUGUCAACUGACAAAUUGUCAAUUGUAAUGUGUGUGAGAUUGUGCUCUGCAGGGGCCCGUCCAGGGUGUUCCCUGGGAUAGGCUCCAGGCUCCCGGCGACCCUGUGUAAGAUAAGCGGUACAGAGGAUGGUGGAUAAACGUUUCUUCACAAGUAGAUAGUCAGCUUUUUAAGGAUUUCAGAAGUGUAUCAUGAAGUAGAAAUUCAAAAACUAUAAUCUAAUUUCAUUUUAAACAACAAUCUAAAUUCACGCUGUUUGUAUUCCCCCAUUUCCCGGCGUGGAAGCGUGUUGGCGGUAAACGGCUCCCUCUUGCGGGGAUUACACUUUCCUCGCUCCGGCGUUACAGCGGCUACUAGCGCUGCUCUUACCGGUGUUUAAUGCACAUCAAACGAUUGAAAGAUGUGGUCUUUCUUUGCGAGGGAUCCCGUUAAAGACUUCAACUAUGAAAUUUUACCAGACAACCAAGAUAAAACGGGUAUAUGGACUCUUCAUCGUGGGAAACGCAAGACAACCGGGGAGCCGGUGUCUGUGUUUUUGUAUGAGGUGGCCCAGGGUACAGAGGAGCAGACACAGCUGGCCAAGGCAGCAUUCAAGCGCAUGAAGACACUGCGGCAUCCCAACAUCCUGGCUUAUGUGGAUGGACUGGAGACGGAGAAAAGCUUGUACUUGGUCACAGAGCCGGUGACUCCACUUGCAACACAUUUGAAAACUCAGGCAGAGAAGGGUGGGUCAGGAGAGCUGGAGAUUUCUUGGGGCCUUCAUCAGAUUGUGAAAGCACUGAGCUUUUUGGUGAACGACUGCCAUCUCCUGCACAAUAACCUUGGGAUUUGGGCCGUGUUUGUGGAUCGAGCCGGCGAAUGGAAGCUAGGAGGGUUGGAUCAUGUGAUCUCAGACCAAGGAGAACCUUCCUCAUUACCCCCUCCCAAAGUAGUGAACCCAGACCUGGAGAAGUAUGACCCACCCGAAGGCCCCAGAAGUGCAGGAGAGAAAUGGUCAGGAGAUGUCUGGAGGCUGGGUUGUCUAAUUUGGGAGGUGUUUAAUGGACCUCUGCCUCGUGCCUCAUCUCUGCGAUCUCUUGGCAAGAUCCCAAAGCAGUUAGUGCCGCAUUAUUGUGAGCUGGUAGGAGCAAACCCAAAGGCUCGGCCCAACCCGGCCCGCUUCCUGCAGAACUGUCGCGCUCCUGGAGGCUUUCUAAGCAACAGUUUUGUGGAGAGUAAUCUGUUUCUGGAGCAGAUCCAGAUUAAGGAGCCAGCAGAGAAACAACAGUUUUUCCAGGACUUGAGUGACAAUCUUGAUUCUUUCCCUGAAGAUUUCUGCAAGCAUAAAGUCCUGCCUCAGCUCCUUACAGCCUUCGAGUUUGGCAAUGCUGGUGCCGUUGUCUUAACACCACUUUUUAAGGUGGGAAAGUAUUUAUCUGCAGAAGAAUACCAACAGAAGAUCAUCCCUGUCAUAGUGAAGAUGUUUUCGUCUACUGAUCGUGCAAUGAGGAUACGGCUUCUGCAGCAGAUGGAGCAGUUUAUUCAGUAUUUAAAUGAAGCAGCAGUCAAUUCCCAAAUCUUUCCUCAUGUAGUUCACGGAUUCACAGACACAAAUCCAGCCAUCAGAGAGCAGACAGUCAAGUCUAUGCUUCUGUUGGCUCCCAAGCUGAACGAGGCCAACUUGAACCAGGAGCUGUUGCGUCACUUCGCAAGGCUGCAGUCAAAAGAUGAUCAGGGUCCCAUCCGCUGCAACACCACCGUUUGCCUGGGCAAGAUCGCCCCCUAUCUCAAUGCUGGGAUGCGUCAGCGGGUGUUAACCUCAGCAUUCUCCCGUGCCACUAAAGACCCUUUUCCUGCGUCACGUGCAGCAGGAGUACUGGGCUUUGCUGCCACACACCACUAUUACAGUGUGAGUGAAUGUGCCAUGCGCGUCCUGCCCACCCUCUGCCCACUCACUGUGGACCCUGACAAGAACGUCCGAGACCAGGCAUUUAAAGCCAUUAAGAGUUUCCUAAAUAAGCUGGAGACUGUUUCUGAAGACCCGUCUAAGCUAGCUGAAAUUGAGAAGGACGUGACUGCAUCUGCACAAGCAAGUAGUUCAGCAGCAACGUGGGCCGGCUGGGCGGUAACAGGAGUCUCCUCUCUCACAUCCAAACUCAUCCGCAAUGCUCCCGCAGGCACUGAGGGGGCAACAGCUGAAAACGCCCCCCCUGCUCAACCUGCAGCUGCUACCAGUGCCACAAGUACAGCAGGUUCAGAGGCAAAAGUACACACGACUGCUGUUUCCUCCUCCACUACUGCUACUAACCAAACAGAGGACACACAUCCUACAGAACAGACAGAAGAGCCGGUCGGAGAUCGGUGGGACGAUGAGGAUUGGGGAAGCCUUGAGGACCCCGAGAAAGCACAAACAGACCCAGAUGACUGGAACUCUGAUUGGUCCACUAUGUCUUCAACACAGAAGAAGGGCAGUGGGGGCCGGACUUCCUCUGUUGCCAUGAAAAAGCAGAGCUCUGAUUGGAGCAGCUCUGGCUGGGAUGCUGAUGAUAGCUGGUCCAAUGAGAAGGAUACAGACGGUCAGGGUCAGAGUUCACCAGCAGAUGAGGGAUGGGGCAACGACUGGGAAGAUGAUGGGGCACUAGCAGAGAGCUUUACCCCAACACCAAGGAACACUGCUUCAUCUGGUUCCUCAGCCUUUCUCCCUAAAAGUGCUAGUGCUAGCUCUGGACAGGAAGCCUUGCGACUGGCUAGUGAAUAUAACUGGGACAGUUCAGGUGCGAAAGGGACAACAUCUGACCUUUUCUCCGGCAUGUCCCAGAGGGCCGGCUCUGCCUCUACUGCUAUGAAGUCUGAUGAAGGCUGGGGAGCGAAUGCUGGAGGUGACUGGGGAACAGAGAACUGGGAAUCCUUGGAUGGUGAUCAGGGUCUCAGUAAGGCUGAAUUAGCCAAGAAGAAGCGUGAGGAAAGAAGGAAAGAGUUGGAAGCCAAACGAGCAGAGAGAAAGGCAGCUAAAGGUCCCCUUAAACUGGGUGCACGCAAACUGGACUGAGAGCGAACUGUCCUGGAACAGAGGCGAGUCAGGUCUGAGAAUCAUGGUGGUGGACCAGCAGCUGAACAGAGACAGAGGGAAAUUUGGUCAAUGCUUGUUCUUAAGGCAACAUUCCCUGAUGCCCCAUUGGUGGAAUGAAAGUUAUCAGAGCUGUCUCUUCAUUGGCUGUUGGAUGGGGUGGGGUGAAAGAGUGAGAUCAUACUGUUCACCCAGUCAACUAGAUAUGUCUGAGUAAUGGACCAUAAACUAAUGACUUUUACGUUAUCUCCUGAUAUUAGAAUAGAGGAAUGGUUCUUUUCUACAGUAUAAAUACAUCACUUGUGCAUGGACACCUUUGUUGGUAAAUGGCACUGGGAGUUAAGCACUCUUUUUUUUUUAUAUUAAAAAAAUAUAUAUGUUCUUCAACUUAGAUAAUGUAGUAUGUGUGUAUGUUGAAUAUACACUUCAUACUGUAUUCUCAUACCCCUUGAUGAACAGUAAUGAUCUUUGACCAAGAUUGAAAGGCUGCUUCUGUGUGUGUAGCAAUCACAAUUCUGUCACGCUCCCAGGAGAACUUACAUAAUUCCAGUGCAUGUAUGAACAAUGAUGUAUGUUAGAAAACAAAAUACUUACAACAGCUGCUGUGAUGGGGCCUAUGACCAUGUGAGGAGGAGGGAAUUCACUGUUUUUAUUGUGCCUUUUUCAUUUCUUUUCAGUCUGGGCUGGGAUGUGUUAAGAUAUUGAACAGUGUAAUUUUUUUUGGUGUUAAGAUUUAUUUUAUGAGAUGAUUUCGGUCUGAAUAUUAGUUUUAUGAUCAGGUGCAAUAUCUACAGAAGGACAAAUCCUGUAUUACAUACACACGUUACAACCUUAAGAAGUGAUAUUAAUAAAAUCCUAAGGGAGCUUGUCUCUUCAGAUCAA